GUCAGGCAGCUCCAGGAGGACGCUGUGCGCCUGCAGUCAGCGUAUGCUGGAGACAAAGCGGACGACAUCCAGCGGCGUGAGGGCGAGGUGCUGGAGGCCUGGAGGAGUCUGCUGGAGGCCUGCGAGGGCCGGCGGACGCGACUGCUGGACACCGGAGACAAGUUCCGCUUCUUCAGUAUGGUGCGCGACCUCAUGCUCUGGAUGGAGGACGUCAUCCGCCUCAUCGAGACGCAGGAGAAGCCCAGGGACGUGUCGUCUGUGGAGCUUCUCAUGAACAACCACCAGGGAAUCAAGGCUGAAAUCGAUGCCCGUAACGACAGUUUCACGGCCUGCAUCGAGCUGGGCAAAUCUCUCCUGGCACGGAAACACUAUGCAUCAGAGGAGAUCAAAGAGAAGUUGUUGCAGUUGACGGACAAGAGGAAAGAUAUGAUUGACAAGUGGGAGGACAGAUGGGAGUGGCUUAGACUGAUUCUGGAAGUGCACCAGUUUUCGCGGGACGCCGGCGUGGCAGAGGCGUGGCUGCUGGGACAGGAGCCGUAUCUGUCCAGCAGAGAGAUGGGACAGAAUGUGGACGAGGUGGAGAAGCUGAUCAAACGCCACGAAGCGUUCGAGAAAUCAGCCGCCACUUGGGAGGAGCGCUUCUCAGCACUGGAGCGACUGACUACGUUGGAGUUAUUGGAAGUGAGAAGACAGCAAGAGGAGGAAGAGAGGAGGAGGAAACCGCCCACACCGGAGCCGGUCCAGGCGCAGGAUGCAGAAACACAGCAGAGAGAAGGAGAGCAGAUUGCCCAGAACGGACUGUGGAACUUCGUUUUUGAGGAGGAUUAA